UGCAGCUGCAGCAGCAUCCACCUUCGCUUUGCCUCUGGCGUCCAACCAGAGUAAUCCCCACGGCUUCCCCCCUGCCCUCCAGUCCUCACCACACCCACAUCACCCCAAUAUGUUCGCGCCUCCAGCGGCCUUGCCCCCACCGCCACCGCUGACAUCUAGCGCCUUGCCAGUCCCCGGACACCCUGCUGCUGGGAGUGCCUAUUCAGAGCAAGACCUUCUGCGCCAGGAGCUCAACACUCGUUUCCUGGCCUCGCAGAGUGCUGACCGCGGUGCCUCGCUGGGCCCUCCGCCCUACCUGCGCACCGAGUUUCACCAGCACCAACACCAGCAUCAGCAUCAGCACCAACACACCCACCAGCACACCCACCAGCACACCUUCACGCCCUUUCCCCACGCCAUCAUGCCCACCCCAGCACCGCCCAUGGUGCGUACCCCCGCCAGAAAUUUUGAAAAAUACCCAACAAAAGUUGACCCCUUCUACAGACACAGUCUCUUCCACUCCUACCCCCCUGCCAUGUCUGGCCUUCCGCCCGUCAUCCCCCCCACCGGGCCCUUCGGCUCACUCCAGGGCGCCUUUCAGCCCAAGACCUCCAACCCGCUGGAUGUGUCCGCGAGACCCGGGGCGGUCCCACACACACUCUUACAGAAGGACCCCAGGCUGACCGAUCCGUUUCGGCCCAUUCUCAGGAAGCCGGGGAAGUGGUGUGCCAUGCAUGUCCAUAUCGCCUGGCAGAUAUACCACCAUCAACAGAAAGUGAAGCAGCAGAUGCAGGUCGACCCUCACAAGCUGGACUUUGGCCUCAAGCCAGAGUUCCUCAGUCGACCUCCGGGCCCCAGCCUCUUCGGCGCCAUCCAUCACCCUCACGACUUGGCCCGGCCAGCAACGCUCUUCUCUUCAGCAGGUCCUACACAUCCAACAGCAGGGCCCUUCGGCCAUCCGCCCCACCACCCCGGAAAUUUCCUCGCCCCCGCCUCUCACUUGGAGCCGUUCAGUAGACCUUCGUCAUUCGGAGGACUUGGCUCUCUCAGUUCAUCAGCCUUUGGUGGGCUGGGAAACCCAGCACUAACAACGCCCAACUCGGUGUUUGGCCCUAAAGACAACCCCGGCGCACAGCAGCACUUCAACAACGGCAGCAACAGCAACCAACAGGAGCCCUGGAACCGGCUCCACCGCACGCCACCCUCCUUCCCCACGCCACCACCCUGGCUCAAACCCGGAGACUCUGAAAGGAGCACCUCCGUCAGCUCGCACGAAAGAGACCGAGAUUCUGACAAACGGGACUCAUCUGUCAGCAAAGAGGACAAGGACAGAGACUCCAUAGAAAAGCGUCACCCGAGUCAUCCAUCUCCGGUCCCUGUCAACCCCAUGGGCGUGCUGGGACACAGCCGGCCCACCGAGCACCACAGGAAUCACCUCCCCUCUGCUCCUGGAGAUCUGCCGAGGGACAAAGACAACAAGGCCAAAGACAGAGAGAGGGAGCAUCCCGACUCCUGGAAGGAUGGCAGCGUAGAUGAGCACAAGCUGAAAGAAAACCAGCACGGCGACAAGGAUGCACCCAUAAUCCACGAUGGCCGAACGUUAGAGGAUAAAGUGUCCAACCGGGGGGCGGCGUCCCCCUACGUCCGCCAGAGCAGCCUGGAGCGUCCCAACGGCGGUCUGAGCCGAGAGAUUCUGGAGAAGAAGAGCGAGCUUUCCUACGAGCACUCGAAAAAGAACAGCGAGGUGAAGGUGAAGGAGGAGAGGAAGGAGGAGCAAGACGCAGACAGAUCUGGGGAGCACCCGACGCAGGCACCCACCACCCCCAACCUGCACCCUCCCACAUCAAUGGCCGUGCCCAUGGGCAUGGCAGGCGUCCAUCCCAUCAACAGCAUCAGUGGCCUGGAGAGGACUCGAAUGGUGGCUCCCUUCAUGGGGAUAAGCCCCAUCCCCGGGGCCGAGAGGUUCCCCUACCCAGCCUUCCAUUGGGACCCAAUGAGAGACCCGUACCGUGGCUUGGACAUCCACAGACGGGACCCUCUGGCACGGGACCUGCUGCUGAGGAACGACCCGCUACACCGGCUGGCCGCACCACGCCUCUACGAGGCCGAGCGCUCCUACAGGGACCGUGAACCCCAUGACUUUAACCGUGACCACGCCCACCCUCUGGUGCUGGAGCAAAGGAGGGAGCAGGAGCGCGCCCAGCUGGAGGAGCGCGAACGCCUACACAUGCUCCGAGAGGACUACGAGCACGGGCGCCUGCAUCCAUCCAUGCACCACCCGGCGCUGGAUGGACAUCUGCCCCACCACGCCCAGGGACUCAUAGCGCCCGGGUUACCCAGCAUGCACUACCCCAGGGUCAGCCCUUCAGCGGCUGCAGCCGCCGCCGCGGCAGCAGCUGCAGCAGCCGCCGCCGCCCAUCAGAAUGGCAUCCUGAACAAGACGCCGCCCACUGCCUCCCUCAGCGCCCCACCCCCUCUCAUCCCCACGCUGGGCGCCCGGCCUGGCUCGCCCAGACGGACUACUCCGUUGGCCACAGAUAUUAGAGACAGACCCUCCUCACAUGCUCACAAAGACAUUGAGGCGCGGUGAGCUGAGCGGUUCCCUUGCCACGGACUAGAGGGCGCUGUAGAGCGGCCACAGCCCUGUGCCUGACUAACACUGAACUCCCACCCAGCGCUUAGCCUUGGGCAAAACACGACUGUAACAUAGCUGUGAAUAACUUAUGUGGGGUGGAAAUCACGCCCGUGCAUUGAAUCGUGUUUUUGUUUUUUGUAAAAAAAUAUAAAGGGACAAUAAUCAUGGAACAAAACAACAAAAAAAUGAACUGGAUUUUUUUCCUCUCCAGUCGGCUCCUGCUUUUUGUGUGCAUUCUCUCUCUUGUAUAGCGAAGUGGUACGGAGAAAACGGAGGGUCUGUAAGAUGUGUAGAGGUCAACAGACAAAACAUUUUUUUGGGAAUGUACAAGUACUUCAGCACUGACAGAGAAGUGUGUAGAUAACGUGUACAGUGGAUGUGCUCGCUCCAUACGGAUAAAAAUCAAGGUACAAAUAUGCAAAAGGGUCUUUUGAAAGCUUUACUUUGAACAAAUGUAAAUAGAGGAGUAUUUAGGGGGAGAUUCAGAAUGUGCUUUUUUGCGGUUUCCUUUUUUUUUUGGAUUUUUUUUCCUUUUCUUUUUCCCCUCCUUGGGUUGACGCAGCUGAUUAACAUUGUACCAGAGACCACCACAUCCAACUAUACCAGAGACCACCACAUCCAACUAUGCAACCAACGUCUGGGCUCCCUCACUGAUAGCCGGCCUCCUCACCACAUCCGAAUGUGUACUGACAAAAAGGACAAGGCUGUAUUCUCUCCACGACGCAGACCUCACGAACGCCUCCGUACACGUCGACCUGACCCGAGCUUCAGUAACACUUGGGCCCAGUUGGUGGAAACGCACCGCAGAACUACGCCAGAGCUACCCGGCCGAGUGUGGCGCGCUGUGGCGGACAGUCCUCGGCUUUGUCAGUGCAUGUACCGCAUUUUUUUUUUUUUAAAGGAUCUGUCGAUGUGAGCGGUCAACAGUGCAAAAGUAAAGGCUUCAAAAGCAAAAACUCCUGCAUCCUUUUAUUUCCAAGUCUUCUUCUGGAGAGAAUGCAGCAACGGGACAGCACAUUUGUUCCUGAAGGAGUGUAAAGUAUGUGUUCCUGUUGGUCAAGCAGUACGUAUAUUCAAGUGCUAUCCGAAGUUGUUGUACUUAACAAAAUGAAAAGACAAAAAAAGCGAGUGGAAGCUCUGAGCAGCUUGUUUCUGACGGGCAGAGGUCUAUUUUAGUAGUUCACUGAAGGUUUAGUCGUGCGCUUCAAACUCUGUGAGAUCAUGUCGUGCAGUGUUUUUUAAUACAAACAUUAAAAAUGUCCACCAGAGCCAUAGUGGUUAGUCAACGCGUAUCGCAAAAAGAUUGUUAAACGAGAGAAUUAUUAUUUUCUUUUUUUUUCUUCCUUUUUUCCUUUUUCUUUUUUUGCUGUUUACCGUGUACUGGGAAGAAGAAAGAAGUCUUUCUAGAUCAUGUACAAAAAUGAGAAAAAAUGAAGCGACUGAAUCUUCAGCAUGCUCCUCAUUUAAACUUGUGUUAUGUAAAUUGUGCCAUGUUAUUAAAAAACU